CCAGCCCAGCCAGCCCAUCACGACGCCCCGCCCCGUCGCGCCCGCGCCUGCGCCGUGCACACCAACCGGCCUCGAGCGCCCCGGCGGGAGGUUUUUCCAUGUGAGUGGGGAAGACAGUUGCUGCAAGUAGAAGUGACAUAACAUUUUUCUAGAAUGUCUGAAGAUGAAGAAAAAGUGAAAUUACGCCGUCUUGAACCAGCUAUCCAGAAAUUCAUUAAGAUAGUAAUCCCAACAGACCUGGAGAGGCUAAGAAAACACCAGAUAAAUAUUGAAAAGUAUCAAAGGUGCCGAAUCUGGGAUAAGUUGCAUGAAGAGCAUAUCAACGCAGGCCGUACAGUUCAGCAACUCCGUUCCAAUAUCCGAGAAAUGGAGAAACUUUGUUUGAAAGUUCGAAAGGAUGACCUAGUACUUCUGAAGAGAAUGAUAGACCCUGUUAAAGAAGAAGCAUCAACAGCAACAGCAGAAUUUCUUCAACUCCAUCUGGAAUCUGUAGAAGAACUUAAGAAACAAUUUAAUGAUGAAGAAACUUUAUUACAACCUUCUUUGACCAGAUCCAUGACUGUUGGUGGAACAUUUCAUACUGCUGAGGCUGAAGAUGAUCCUCAGAAUAUGACUCAGGUAUAUGCGUUGCCUGAAAUUCCUCGAGAUCAAAAUGCUGCAGAAUCAUGGGAAAGCUUAGAAGCGGACUUAAUUGAACUUAGCCAACUGGUCACUGAUUUCUCUCUCCUAGUGAAUUCUCAGCAGGAGAAGAUUGACAGCAUUGAAGACCAUGUCAACAGAGCUGCUGUGAAUGUUGAAGAGGGAACCAAAAACUUGGGGAAGGCUGCAAAAUACAAGCUGGCAGCUCUGCCUGUGGCAGGUGCACUCAUCGGAGGAGUGGUGGGGGGUCCGAUUGGCCUCCUUGCAGGCUUCAAAGUGGCAGGAAUUGCAGCUGCACUUGGUGGUGGGGUGUUGGGCUUCACAGGUGGAAAACUGAUACAAAGAAAGAAACAGAAAAUGAUGGAGAAGCUCACUUCCAGCUGUCCAGAUCUCCCCAGCCAAACUGACAAAAAAUGCAGUUAAAACCCAACUUCAGUCUUAUUGGCGCCAACAUGUCUAUCCUAAUGAGGACCUUUGCUGCUGUUGGACACUCAGUCAGUUUUGGAACAUGAUUAUAUCAAGAUAGUGGCUGUAGAUGUUCAAGUGGGAUUGAACUGUGAUAAGUGGAUAUAUUUUGUUGUUUGCUGGAGUGUUAAUGGAGAUGUUAGAGAUUGAGGAGCCUGGGAUGAGGGUGUGUAGUGUUGUCGGGUAAAGUUUAAAGACUGCCAAGGAGCAGAUUUUCUGCCUAGAAAUGUGAAAAUUGAGCUUACAACUCUGAUAAGGACUUGAGAUGUAUGGACAUGAUGGGUUAUGGAAGACUAGUUUAUUCUAUAACCCUGACUUGGAGACCCUAAGGUUAAGUAUCUUAUAAAUAUGUUUAUCUCCCAAACAUAGGAGUUUAUUUGGCCCAUUAACAAAGAAAAGAAUGGGGAGUUUAGGAGCCUUUCUUAUCAAAUAAGGAAGUCGGGAUCUCAUGAGGGGGAACAGGUGAGCUACAUGGUGGAGUCCAUUUGGUGAACCUUAUUGCAGUUUGGUCACCUGUAUUUUCUGGUGACGGACACUAAUAGUGUCAGAAAAUGGAAAGAGAGGUGCAACUUCUCUUUCAGGUAACUUAAUUUGUGACACUGGCUUCUUCUCUGAACUCUUCUUUCUGUCUCUCUUUAAAUAAAGAACACAGAAUCUCAAGUGGUAGGAGACUAUUAAGCCAGUCACUGAGCUUGCUCUGUCAGUCUGUCCCUUAACACCUCAAAGAUCCAGUGGCCUCUGCCUUCCCUCCCUUGUAAUUUUGAACAGUUCUUUGACUUGUGGGGUGAAUUCUCCCCAUGUGUAAUGAGGACUUUUCUCAUAAUCUGCUUUCUUGUACUGUCUCCCAUCUCUGUUUCCUUCCAAUCAUCCUUACUUGUAACCUCUAGGUGAAAGAGAGAAAAAAAGGGAAGAGAAAUCUCAAAAUAUUUCCAACAUUGUUAGAGUUUGAGGUAAAAAAUAAAUAAAUAAAUAAGCAGAAGGUAGGGGGACACCAGAUCAUUUCUUAGGGACGUCUUGCAAUUUCAAGAGACUGAUGUCCCUGCCACACAGGGACUCUCUGACCCUAAGUCUUUCUAGCUGGCCCUUGGAGGAGGGCUUUCUACCUCACUUCUGUUACUGCCAUCCUUUUCCCCAGGCUCUGCUGUCUCCUGUGCUUUCCUUUACUUUUCACAGCUGCUAUUUCUUCCCAAGAAUGGCGUUCUUGCCUGCCUUUUCUCACAUUCAAGAUGAUAGACAAAGCCUGGUGCCAAGACUCAGUCCUCACGAAGGAUUUGUGGUGCUAAUCCCAACAGAGCAAGCAUGGCCCAGCCUAACCUAGUGUCUGUCUUAUCAAAUAGCAAAGAGAUUUUAAAUUUGGGAGAAAAGAAUUCAAAAUCACAGGUAGCCUCAUUCUGCACCCCCAACUCAUUUGAAAUAGGAAGGAACUUCCUUUUGCCUUAAUUUUUACUGUUUUCUGAGAGCAGAGGCAUGGGCACCUAUACCACCAAAUGUGUGAGCCCGGGAACCAGAUUCCUCAGGUGGUUGAAUGGUUUAUCACUUCUCUCGUGUUGAGUUUACUCUUAAUAAUUUUUAUUAAUUCUACCUUUUACUUCUUUGUCUAAUCUAAACAGACCUUUCUCUCUCCCACUUUCUUGACGGUCACUAAUGAAUCUUUUUUUUUCCCUUUUAUUUAAAUGCAAGUUAGUUAACAUAUAGUGUAAUAAUGGUUCAGGAGUAGAAUUAGUGAUUCAUCACUUUACAUCCCACUCACCAAUGAAUUCUAAUGAAGAGAAAGCACCAUUUCUUACUGUCAUUCAACAACUGGAAAAUAUCAAGUAUUGCUAACUGUUGACUUGUAUCUUUAGUAUAAUGCCAAGAAGGAAAUGCUUUGAAUAAGUGUUGGAUUCUAAUCCAGUAUUUGAUAUUGGAUUCCUGUAAGGUUGGGAUAUUUGGAACUCCACCUUUUUAAAUAUUUUCUGAUCCUCGCUGUCCCUUUAACAGAGGGUAUUCAAACCAGAGUGAGGAUCAGAAUCACCCAGGGUCCUUGUUUAAAACAAGAUUGCUGGGCGCCUGGGUGGCGCAGUCGGUUAAGCGUCCGACUUCAGCCAGGUCACGAUCUCGCGGUCCGUGAGUUCGAGCCCCGCAUCGGGCUCUGGGCUGAUGGCUCGGAGCCUGGAGCCUGUUUCCGAUUCUGUGUCUCCCUCUCUCUCUGCCCCUCCCCCGUUCAUGCUCUGUCUCUCUCUGUCCCAAAAAUAAAUAAAAAACGUUGAAAAAAAAAUUUAAAACAAGAUUGCUAAACUUCAGUCCCAUAGGUACUUCUAAUAAUGGCCAAUCUGGCCUGGCCAGCCAAAAUUACAAAUUUAAGGUAGAGUUACAUCAAGAUUGAGCUGUAUCAUUGAGUUCUGUAAUUUCUAGUAUUCUGCCCUUCAUUGUGGCCCAGUCUUCACCUCGACAUAUUACUCCCACUCUGCCAACCCGCACUUGGCUAUGCAUUUUAAGCCCACCUGCUGAACAGCACCAGGGACUAGUUUUACACUGGAGCUGGAGGAGGGAGGAGGCCUGUAACUGAAGCUCACAUUUCGUCUGGGGAUCUCAUUUAUACUCCCACUGCAUGUUCCCAUAUAGACCUUUGGUUUUCAGUAGUCGUCAGGAUCGGAACAUUACUCUAGCAGUCUUCAUGUUCAGGCAAGUUACAGCCCUUUUAAAAAGUUUUACAAUUUAAAAUUAUUUAGAAAUUGUAUCUAAUUUCCCCAUAAUAGAACUUAAUAGCUAACUUUUUGUAGAAAUUUCUUGGAAGUGUUUAAUCAACCUAUAAAGUGUUUAGAGGUAUAAAUUAGACAAUAUGACACAGAAACCAAUCUUAAACUGAAUUUAAUGCCCUACAGUAUCAGAUUAAGUUCAUCUUCUCUGUGAUUCAUGUCUUAUUUUUACUAGAUCACAUUAGAAGAUAAGGGGCACUUUGAUUAAGUUCUUAAAAUUUACAGAGGUACCAACUUCCAGUUAUAAAAUAAAGAAGUCACGGGUGAAAAGUACAGAAUGGGGGUGGGGAGAAUGUCCUGAGGCUCAUUUGGAUAAAGGCAGUGCUCCUAAAGACUGUUUUUCCUGAAGACUUUUGUGAUGUAAUAAUUUGAGAAUUUCUCUGUAGAGCGGAGACUUUGAAACUUUUUGGUUGUAACUCACAGUAAAAAAUGCAUUUAUAUCAAAACUCAGCAUAUGCAUAAUGGAACGACAUUAUGUGUAGGGUACUCUGAUGCUUUUUAUUGUUUCAGUUUUUAAAAUAUGCUGGUUGCAACCUACCAAAUUGAUUUCAUAAUCUACCAAUGGAUUGCGACCCUUAGUUUGAAAAGAAGAAAACACCUAAUGGAGGAAGUGAUAUUUAUUGAAUAUCUUUUGUUUUCCAGGCACUUCACUAGGCAUUUUACAGGUAAGGACACUGAGUCUCAGAGAUGUUACAUGAUUUGCAGGGGGGUAUUCAGCUGUAAAAAGUUGAAGCCAGGAUGUUCACUAGGUCUCUUGAACUACAAAAAUUUCUAUUACUCUCCUACUAUGCUACUUCUGUAUAUAAAAUUGAGGUAGGCCAUUCGUCCUGCUUCAGCCAAACCCCAAUUUAUUCUGUAAGGCAGGCUUGCUGUGAAUUUACAUAUGCCAUUCGUUUGCAGUGGGUUUUUUUUUUCCUAAUCUUUUGUCACAAAGUGUCCCACAUCCUCAGAGUUUUCAAUAGUGGCUGAUGCAGAAGUACCCAGUGCUGAAUUUGGUCCUUAGACUAUGAAAUUAAAAAUGUUUCCAUUCCACCUGCACAUCCUACAAAUUUUCUUGUAUUCCAUGGGUUAGAGCCAUCUCUUGAGCAGUGCUUUUUGACAUUAACAAUGAACUCUACUGCAAAAUCUAUCAUAACUCAUAGAAUCAAAUGAUUACUCUCCUUUAAAAUGGUACCCUUGGGAGGCCACGCACUUACUGUAGUGACGCUAGUAUUACUUAGAACAUUUUUGAAACUUUUCUUUUGAAAUCAUCUCCAAAGACAUUUUAUCAAACACAUAGAAAAGCCACCUCGGUGUUUAUUAGUCACAAAUUACACUCCCUUGUCCUUAUGACCUUUCCUCUCUCCCUUUCUCAGUUUUGCUUUUCUUCUACCGGCUUAGCUCUCCUACCCACCUAUUCUGGAGCUAGUAACCUAAGGAUGCCCAGAAAGGGAGUGUGCCGGCCAGAGUUCCUGGAGCAAGAACUUUUAGUUUAUAUUGAUGCUGAAUGCUGCAAAGGGAGAAUCCUAUGAGUCCAAAAACCUUUCUCUGUGGGCUGCCUGCCUGCCUGUAAGUGUCCUACGUAGUUUGCACAGGAGUAAGGACUGAAUACUGGUAAUAUCAAUCACAGGAAGUUGAGGAAGCCUGAAAUAUACAUAAAUCAUGUAUAACAUUUUCCUCCAGUGAAAAACAGAAACCAAACCAACCUAUGCUUUGUGUUAACUUAAAACUGAAAGGUCUUUCUCAGGGCCCCCCUUUGCCCUUCAUUGCUGCCACUUGAAAUCUGGGAGGAAGAAUGAUGAAAAGCUUGGGGAAAAGGUUCUCCUGUGAAAUGGACAUGUUCUUCUCUUGUAAUCAAGCAUAACAUGGUUUUGGCUCUCAGGUACUUAUGAAUGUUAGACAAUGUUCGUAAGUAGUCAGAGGACUCAUAAAAGGUAGGGAAGCUUCCCCAGUAGCCUAAGAUAAUGUAAACAAUUGAGGUUCUGUUUGUGUUUUUAAACAACACUUCAUUUUGUUUCUAGCAAGUGGUUCUCACUAUUUAUAUUCAUUAAUUUGACACCAUUUUACAGAGAAACUUCUUGGGUAUUAUAAACAAUCAGUGGCAAAAUGUCCAUAUGUUAUCCACAUUGCCACCCUUGAAGAAAUUAUUUAUUUUUGGAGAUAAAAAAUAUUUAUGUGCAAAUUUAACAAAAGAAAUAAAUUGAAUAAAAAUGUAAAAAGGUGUCAGAGGCAAAUGAUUUACCCAAGAUCAAAGCUAGUUAGCACCACAGCUAGAAUUAUAACCAAGGUCUAAGAAAAAAAAUCCUCAAAGUAAUUUAACUGAGGUUUUGUUAUGUCAUAUUAAGUUGCCUGCUGAGGCUUAUGGACUUUCAGACCAGCUUUAACAUUCCAAAUCAGGCAAUAGCAAUAGUGAAAAGGAAAUUGGGUGGGGAAUCAGGAGAUCAGAGGCUAGUUUUGGCUUUGUCUCUUGCAUAGUAAGCUUUUUCUCAGGGGUGCCUGCCUUCUCCUGCUCCAGCCAGGGAUUCGCCAACCAUAAACCUUAGGGGUUAGUAACUUGACUCUCUGCAUUCUUUAUAUAUAGCCACUUACUGAGUCUUGUCAAUUCUACUUUGAAUGUUAGUUGCAUCUACUUAUAAAUAUAUUCAUGGUCAUCACUCUAGUAAAAACUGUAUUUCCAUACACCCCCUACCUCAUUUUCCCCAACUUUAAGCCAUUCCUCACAUCACUGCCACAAGAGUGAGAACCAGGUCCGUCUUCCAUUUUUCUGCUGAUUGUCAGUGGCUCCACCGAAUACUUGAUAAAGUUCAGACCCCUUCGGUUGGCAUUCACAGCUUGCCAUAUUCCGGCCCCAGCUCUAUCUCUUCAAACUCAACUACUCCCCAUCUGACAAUGCCACUGAGAGUCAGACAUUCCACAAAAAUGAUUUUAAAGUUUUUCUGUGAGGUUACAAAUUGGCAAUAAGCUGUUUACAUUUGUCCA